AUGGCCACCGCUCGUUCGGUGUACAUCUCCGCGGCUGCGAACCGAGCGGACGUCGCCGACUGUCGCGCCCCCGACGGAUUACUCGCUUUCGGCUCGGCCCAUCUCGUCGCUCUGUGCGAAUCCAAUGUGAGCAGGCGUCCGUUCGGGCGGUGGAGAUCAGCGUACGGCUCUCACCGAGGACGACCCUGUUCAUGCAGUCCCCAACCGCGCAUGGGAUCCACAAGACGCUGGCUGGACACGAGGGCAAUCUCACCGCGCUCAGGUUCAGCAAGACCCCGAGCAGCAACCCGACCCCGAGUCGACACUUGGUCACGGGCGAUAGCUUAGGUCAGGUCAGGCUGUGGAAGCAGCACUCGAAAACACAACAGGUAGGUGAUACACCCCUGCCUCAGCAAGCCGCCUCGUCUCGGUCCUCACCUCACCCCUUUGCUCCCCAUCGUCGCUCGCAAGUGGUCCACUCGCGCCGUCCUCUCGGGACAUGUCAAAUCCAUCUCGGCCGUCGCGACAGUGGCCCUAGGCGACGGUAGCAACGGCGAUCACUUUCUCGUAUUCACAGCAUCAUCCGACGCCUCCAUUCGAGUAUGGCGCAUCCGCACCGAUGCUGAGCCGGGUACGUCUCAUCGGGGAAAAAAGAUUUCACGCUUCACUCGGCUGGCUGCUAAAACAGCUUCCGCGAACAGAACUCGUCCAGAAGAUCGAUACAAAGGGCAAGAUCCCACUCUCACUCGAGACCAGCUUCCUUCCUGCUUCGUCGAGUCAGUCUCAAGGUGUCUUUCCACCGUCAUCUCGGCUCUUACUCACGAACCCCGUCUGCUUCUUCCCAGGUGUCGCGCUCGCCGUCGGAAGUACCGACAAGCGACUAGCCAUCUACGCGAGUCCAACCGCAUCUUCCAUCAAAGUGGGUCACCCGAACCAGUUCUUGCUCAUAACAGCACGAGCUCAUAUAUCUCCCUUCCAGUUCACCAAGUCCCUCUCGCUCGAAGGCCACUCGGACUGGAUCCGCUGCCUCUCUUUCAUCACCCCCAUCCCUGCAGACGCUCCUUCUUCGAGCACCUCGACCUCCCUCAACUACGACAUCGCAUCCUCCGAAGUCUUGCUCGCCUCGGGUUCUCAAGACAACUACAUCCGACUUUGGCGCUUCUCACCCGCCCCCGUGCGAACCGACUCCAUGACGGGCCUCACCUCGGGCUUGGAAGCGCUCGACGCCUUGGAUCAAUCGACCUCGAGUGCCGAAGGUGAGCUAAGGCUCAAAUCGCAUCAAUUCAUCGUCGGCGAUCCUUCUUCCCCCUCUUGCGAGAGUUUCGCAUGUGCGAGUGAGGCCGUCUUGUUGGGACAUGAUGCAUGGGUUACGGGAUUGCGUUGGUCACCUUUGGUGGAUCCCAAGGACGGGUUGAGGUUGUUGAGCGCUUCGGCCGAUCGUUCAAUGAUUCUUUGGACACCCACGCCCGUCGUGGCGACUUCCGUACCGGAUGAAGAUACCUCCCAGUCUUCAACGCUGAAAGGAGCGAGUUCCUCCUCCAUAUGGACUUCCUCCCGACGCUUUGGCGAAUUCUCUUCCGCGACGAACCUCGGUUUCUUCGGUGCUCUAUGGGGCUUCAACGCUCGAACGGUCUUGGCGAACGGUUGGGGUGGGAGUUGGCAUGCCUGGAGGAGGAAGGAGGCGGAGGAGGGUGAAGCGGAGAGUUGGGAUCCGAUCGUUGCGACGACGGGGCAUUUCGGUGAGGUCAGGUGUGCAGAGUGGGAACCGGAGGGGGAGUACUUGAUGUCUGCUGGGUGAGUUGGAGUGAGGUUGAUGGUGCGAAUACAGAUGAUUGGGGGCUGCGACUGAGCCAUUUGUUGAGCAGGCACGAUAUGGCGACGAGGUUGCAUGGACCUUGGAGGCGGAAAGGUCCGCAUGGAGCACAGAUCGAAACGUGGCAUGGUAAGCUUUUAACCAGUGGCGACCAACAGUGAUGGGAUAGCUGAUUCCACUGGCCUAUUCUCGCAGAACUUGCGCGCCCUCAAAUCCACGGCUACCCACUCUCUUCGAUCGCCUUCCUCGACCGACUCAGUUUCGUCUCUGGAGCAGACGAGAAGAUCGUUCGAGUCUUCUCGGCACCAGGCAACCUCGUCAAAUCGCUCAACCAAUUGAGUCAGAUCGAAUUCGUUCAAGAUGGGGAAGAUCGUCCCAUGGCAGCAAAUGUUCCUCCACUCGGCUUAUCGAAUCGAGCGAUUGGUAAAUCGGACGCGGAGGAAGAACAAAUUCCCAAGGAGGCUGAAGGGGGCUUGUACACGACGGCUUUCUCGAACGCGUCUUUGACCGUUCCUGAUCAUCCUCCAUACGAAGAACAUCUUCUCGGAUCGACGCUCUGGCCCGAGAUUGAGAAACUCUACGGACAUGGAUACGAACUCUUGUCAAUCGCUGCGCGCCGAUCCGAGGGACGGUCGUCGUCGUCCCAACUCAUCGCGACGAGUUGUAAAGCCACGGUUGAACAACACGCCGUAGUAAGGUUGUUUGAACCCAAGUUGGGGAAGAUGGUGGGACCCAAAGAUGGGUUGAAGGGCCAUAGUUUGAGUAUCACGAAGGUCGUUUUUGGAGGGGAAGGAGGCAAGUGGUUGUUGAGCGUUUCGAGGGAUCGGAGCUGGAGGGUGUUCAAGAGGACCGAGGAUGAAGGUUCGUGGUCUCAUUUUUCGAUGGAGAACAUCUCAUGAGUUGAUGAGACCGCGUAUUCCAUCAUGCACAGAUUUGUACCGUCCCCACAAAGCGGGGGUUAAAGCCCAUGCCCGUAUCAUUUGGGACGCAUGCUUCUCCCCCGAUGCAGAAACGUUCUUCACAGCUUCGAGGGACAAGUCCGUCAAAGUGUGGUCGACCAGCACAUGGCAUGAGAUCGAGACGAUCAAAUUCGAGGAGGCGGCGACGGCGGUGGCUUGUACGAGGAAUGGAGGGAAGGAUGUGUUGGCGGUGGGGUUAGAGAAUGGCGAGAUUCGGGUGUUUGUGAAGCCGAUUGAGCGGGUGGAGGGCUGGAAGGAGGUGGUGGUGUUGGGACCCGAGUGAGUCCAAUGCCGGGGAGUGAAUUGGGAACAUGCAGAAGAACUGAUUUCAUCCUGUGGCAUGCUCGUCACAGGAUCGCUCACGUCCAAACGGUUACGAGUCUGUCGUUCUGCCCGAAGAAGAUGGAGGACGCUUUGACGGUUAGACUGGCUAGUGGGAGCGAGGAUCGUUCGGUUCGGAUCAUUGAUGUAUCAAUCUGGACGUAG